CUUUCUGUCUCUUUUUCAAUAUUUCAUUGUACAGGGGCAUGACUCUAAGGGUUGCACAGUAGCAGCUGGAGAUGGAAAUUUAUCUUCACUAUCCUCUCCUUCAUAUGGACAGUGCUUGUCUACCCGUCAAAGAACAACUUAUGGGUCACAAGCUACACCUGAUAAGGAUCAAUGUAGUGAUGACUCUGAUUCAGAAAUUUUCAGGGUUAAACGUAGAUCAUCUGUGAAAGCAGAAAAACAAACAGAGAACAGUGUAAUGACCUUAAAGUUCUCUGAACAGCAGGGGCUCAAACGGCUAAAGAAAGUCCAUCCUAAAGGGAAAUUAAUGCGAUCACCAGCUGACAGCUGUACAAACCAUAAGCCUGACCGACAUUGUAGCCCCCGUGCUAAUUCUAAGGAAACUUCAUGUGACACACCAAAAGAAAGGUUUUUUGGUGGAACCACUGCUCCCAUGCCCUUCAAGUUCAGGCAAUCAUCGGCAGGCUUGAAAAUGCUUGACAGGGAUGACCUUGAGAGAAUGAAAUCAAGAGAACAUAACAGAAGGAACAAUUUCCCAGUUGAUGUGAGAAAGACCAUGAGGGAACCCCCACAUAUCGAGAUAGGGCCAAAGCAGCUCAAAGUCAGAGGUCCAUUAUUUCCUAAUAGGGGUGAGCAGCCUGGAUCAAGAAGUUGGAAAUCUGGCGGAUUUGCAUCUGGAGCGUCUUCUAGUGCCUGACCUGACUUUCCUAAUGUGAUUUCUCUCUAAUUCGGUUCUAACAAUACGUAAAGCUAAAAUUGAUUUGACUCUGGGAGCAGCAACAACAUUUAACAGGUGAGUUUAGAAGAAAGGAGGCAUUCUUUGUGCAGGCCUCAAAUUAAGGUCUGGCACAGUCGGAUUCUUGGGUUCUCAGCCGUUUAUUUUUUGUGUCUUUGGCAGGGAGCCUAUCUGCAUGAAAAGCAGAGGAGUUGAGUAGAGUCCUAUUGUAAAAAAUUUGUUCAUCAGUCGAUUCUUGUCUCAUAGAUUAAUCUGCUGCUUCCCUUCCCAAGUUCUUUAUUCUUUUAUGUAUCAAGUACCACUUCAAUAAAAAAGCAGAGAAAAUCCCCUUUUCUCAUUGAUUUUGUGUAA